AUGCAAAGUAAAGCUGAAAUUGGAAGAAGCCAUUCGAAUUCUAUUUCAAAAAUUUUUGAAACCUCAGGUUUAACCCUAUUAACAUCAAAUGAAUUGCCGGAAAAACCGGAAGGUAGAUGGUUGAUUCGGUGUAAUAGUUGCAAUGAACCGGUUACACGCAAGCAAGCACUGAUGCGCAACGUAAUUUAUUCAUUGAAUAAAAUAUGGCAUCGAGAACAUUUCACAUGCAUUCACUGUAAAUGCAUCGUUGGUUUUGACGGUCGACCAUUCCGGAAAUAUCGUUAUAAUAGCAAUUAUCCAAUUUGUAUGGAUUGUUAUAUGGAAGAAUUUCAUCCAAAAUGUUACGCUUGCAAUAAAUCUUUACGCGAAACAUGUGUAAAAGCAUUAAAAAAAUAUUGGCAUAGAUGUUGUUUUGUAUGUACCAAAUGUCAUUCACCUUUUGAAAAUGGUAUAUAUCUUCUUUACAACGACAAACCAUACGAUGUUGACUGCUACUAUCUGACAAGAUAUGAAAAUCAAUUCACAACAUUGAUUAGUAAUCAAAGUAGUCCUAUUACUGAACCUACUGGAACAAAUCACAAAACAAUUAAUCAGAUAACAGAAAAAACCGAGCAAAAAUCACAAAAUGUUAAAACCGAAUUGCAAUUUCCUUCAACAACACAAAAUACUGAAAUUAAAAAUCACAUAGCAACACCAACACCAACAAAAGCAAUUUCCGAAUCUAAAUCACAUGAAACUGCCAUAAGUGCAUUACCGCCAUCCGUUGGACAUAAUGCGCAUGACAAAAAGCCAACGAAAAAAGCCGCUUCAUAA